UACAUACAUAGGUCGUAGUCACCUUUCCGACACCUACUCGGACACGGUUAAGAAGCCUAUUACGCUAUAUAUCAAUGUUAUUUGUUAAAGUAAUCUUAGCAAAGAACGCAUAGUGAAAUUUCAUUCGCACUAUUUACUUCGAACGAUUUAUGAAGACAGUCAGGAUUUAGAAACAUGGGUUCAGGCAGGAACAUAUCCAAGUCUCGAGCCUGGGUCAUUGUGGCAAUCCUCUUCUGUGCAGUCAUAGUAAGUCUCGGACUCGGUCUGGGCUUCGGGUUACGGAAAUCCGAAUCCGCAACAGAAUUAGUCGACGGAACCACAACAGCUACGCCCUUGUCAAAUUCACCGCUAUAUUCACCACCUUCUCCGUCACCAGAAGGAAAAUAUCGCUUUGCAGCGGUAGCAGCCGACAAUGCAGAAUGUUCAAAAAUCGGAAAUCACAUAAUGGCUGUACAAGGAGGAAGUGCUGUCGAUGCGGCGAUAGGGGCCAUCUUGUGCGUUGGGGUUCACAACAUGAUGAGUUGUGGGAUUGGAGGCGGCCAUUUUCUCACCUUCUAUAAUAGAACCUCUGGCAAGACAUACGCGGUGGUAUCUCGGGAGCAGGCACCUUCCAUGGCAACAGAGGACAUGUUCACUUCCGGGAAGAACGCCUCCUCUACUGCAGGUGGGAAAGCUAUCGCCAUACCCGGUGAAGUUCGCGGUCUAUAUGAGGCAUGGAAACUUGGUGGUCGGUUACCAUGGAAACAAUUAUUUCAACCAGCAAUAAAGCUUUGCAUGCACGGAUUCAAUGUCAGCAAAGCGCUCAGUGAAAGUAUGGCAGGACAAGAAGUACAGUUCAAGAAUUUCACUUUAUUCGUACAGCUGAUAACAAACAACCAAACUGGUAAAACGUACAAAGAAGGCGAAACGAUGAAGCUUCCAAAAUUAGCGCAAACAUUACAGGUGAUCGCAGACGAAGGUCCGGAAGCAUUUUAUAAUGGCAGUUUAGCAGACGACAUUGUUGCAGACAUUCAGGAAGCGGGUGGUAUAAUCACAAAACAGGACUUGGCCAAUUACACGUCAUUUGUUGGGGAUGCGCUAAACUUCACUCUUCAUGGAAACUACACAGCGUAUUCUCCGCCUUUGCCUUCCAGUGGAGCCGUCUAUCUUUUUAUAUUGAACAUUCUGAAUGAUUUCAAGUUUACUCCGGACAGCGUAUCCAAUGUUGGCUGCGCAACCACCACUUGGCAUCGAGUAACUGAGGCAUUUAAGCAUGCAUAUUCUCUGCGCACACAGCUUGGUGAUAACAACGUUGGCUCGGAGGCAUUUAGGACGUAUGUUGCAAAACUAGUAAAAAACAUGACUGACCCUUCAUUCGGUUACGCCCGAAAACAGCAGAUCGAUGAUUCGAGAACGUUCGGCUCGGACUACUACCAUCCGAUAUUUGAUAGCCCCUGGAAUGAUCACGGCACCGCCCAUCUAUCCGUUCUUGGACCGGACGGAGACGCCGUGUCGAUUACCAGCACUGUAAACCUGUUCUUUGGUUCCAAAGUGAUUGGCAGUCGUACGGGAAUCAUAUUCAACAACGAAAUGGACGAUUUCUCAACGCCAGGGACUGUGAACUAUUUUGGAGUGCCGGCGUCUAAGGCAAAUUUCAUCGCUCCUUGGAAGCGCCCAUUGUCCUCCAUGUGUCCAAGCAUUGUCGUUGACGGCGAAGGUAAUGUUCGGCUGGUAAUCGGCGCUUCCGGUGGUACCAGAAUUACAACUACAACGGCAUUGGCGACCAUAGAGGCAUUACAGUGGAACUGGGGAAUAAAACAGGCUAUAGACUACCCGCGUAUUCAUCAUCAACUGUUUCCACAAGAACUGUCAGUACAGAGAGGUUUUCCACAGGUGGUAAUAGACGGUCUGAAAGCACUUGGUCACAAUGUCUCGGUGGUAUCUAGCGCGAGUAGCACGUGUCAAGGUAUCGUACGAAAGGAGAACUUUGUCAUGGCUAAUUCCGAUUAUAGGAAAUACGGUGAACCCGAUGGAUAUUAAUCUGCUUUACAGCAUUAUCAUCAGCAUAGGCAAACUAUCUUUGUGACAUUCACCUUUAUUAAAAAAUCACGUGCCACACGAGUAUUGUAGUCAUUGUUAAUUUUCGGAAUGAAUCCCAGCGAGCUUGGGGUGUUAAGCCACCAGCAAUAACUUGAUUGAACAAAGUACAUAAAGCGUUUUCAUCAGUAGGUGCCAACAAUAGGUGAAUAUUUAAUGUCGGUUUAUUCACAAUAACGCAAGAUUUGUUUUAAUGCAUACAAUUGAACCUUGAUAUGUUUUCUUCUAUCCCGAAUCGAGUGCAACACAUAAUAUGAAACAAAUCUCCACGCGGAACUUUUGCUCAAAGCAUUCACAUACGCUCUCUGCAAUAACAAGAAACACAUUUGUUCAUUGAUUGUUUAAUGCAUUAAGUGAUUACCCUUUAAAGAUGUACCAUUCCUGGAUAUUUGGAAAUAUGCUUUUGAAAGUUCAUAUAAGUAAAUAGAAGACAAAUAGCAGUUGGUGAUAAAACUGUUUGUUUCAGUUUUGUUUAAUAUUAAUUGAUUUCAAAAAUUUCACAAAAAGAUGUGGAAACAACACAAGGGCUGGAACGGUGUUAGGAUAGUGUGAAAAGGUGUAUUUUGACCGAAAAUGCCAAACACCAAAUUUUAAUAUAAUACUACUAACAAGGGUUUCAACUAAAAAAAAAAAUUCUGACAGCCAUCAAACAGAGUCAAGUUGCAUUGUCAUAAAAUAAUUCAAAUUUACAACUUUAGCAUGUAGACAAAGCUAGGACAUUUCUCUAUCAAUAAACAAUAACAACUUUUAGCAUAAGGCAUUGACAAUCCCAUUUUGAAGAACUUAAACACUCAAAUUGUCAUUCUUUUUUACUAGGUCGAGAAGGCGAAACACGGCGAACACCGACAUUCACGAACUAAACGCGUGUCUUGAACGCAUGUGCACACACUGUUCCACCUUGCACAAUGAGAAAAAACACAUACCAAUGAAAAUAAGUUCAUUCCUACCUGUCGAAAGUGUCAGAUUAACGUAUAUCUUACAUAAAUAGUGAUGACUUGAAAUUGUGUUUAUCAAUUCAGCCAUUAAGGUCACGUAAAUCUGUUCGUAACACCUCGUUUCAUUGGCUACUGUACUGGACAUACUAAAAUCAACGAAGUCACUCAAAGCUUUGCAAAGUAUUGCCCACUGGUUCCCUCUCUGAUAAUUGUCAUUACGUAGAUAUCGGAUACCACUAAACCAGAAUGAGAUGUAAACAAUCUGUUGUAAAUUUCAUCUUCCGACUCGUUCAUAAUUUGUCAGAACUUCUGUGCGUGUUGUUACAUGUAAGUUAGUUGGAGUGCUGACACACACUUUUGGUCUUUACAUAAUGCAGCCUUAGGAGUAACAUGAACUCAUGAACUUCCAAACAUGCCACACACCCUUCUUAGCAUGAAAACAAUAUUUACAUACAUGUUAUUAAAUCUAAUAAACAAAUAUUAACAAUUGACCCUCAUGUUUAUAUAAUAAGAAUUCAAUGUAAUAAAUAUUGAAACUUAAAUGCCAAUUUAAACACCUUUAGAUAAUGCAUGUGUGCCAAAUAUACGGGUUUUGAAAAGGACAUCUCAAUGUUUACAAAAUUAAACAGUACUAAUCACCGGGCCCAGAAGCGUAAAAUAAUUAUCUAAUUGGGAGACUCGUAUUAAAAGUUGCUUAGUCUUCCACUCCGAGACAAGUGAUGGCCGUCAAAUUUUGAAACGUAAAUUCCUUAUCGAAAAAACCCUGAUUGUAUCGAUCGGUUGCUUGUUUCGCAUAUUACUAAAUGGUAAAAAGGUAAAAUUUCGGUUUAUUUAUCGAUUUUAUGUACAUGCGGGGAAAGGACCGCAGAUUCGUUCUAGACACAUGUUUACGGCGCGAAUACAUGUGUUCGCAGUGUUGCCAAUUCUCGUCCGAGUAAACAAGAGACAAUUUUUUAGCGUUAAUGUUCUUCAAAAUAUGAUUUUCAAUACCGUGUGCUUAAAGUUAUUAUUGUUUUUGGUUAGCGCUAUGUCUUAGCUACGUCUAAAUGUCAAACAUGUUAAUUUGUAUUAUUUUAUGGCAAUGCAAAUGGACUUUGAUUGAUGGCUUUCUGAAAAUAUUUUUUUUAGAUGAAGCCCUUGAUAUUAUCAUUAGAUAUAAUUUUGUUUUUGAAUUUUAUGUGUAAUCACACUUUAUUAUACUAUCCAAACACCGUUUUAGCUCCCUAUGGUAUCGAACAAAUCGACUUUAUCAGUUGAGGUUGCAUUAUACUAAAUAUUCGGGUCGUUAAAGACUUUACUCGCUUAAUUAAUAAACAUAUUGUUAUCAAAUUAACGUUUCAAGGUCUAGAUUGAUCUGGUUUUAUCCUUUGGAGAACUAAUCAUUUACUGGAAUAUGAUAAAGUAAGAUACCAUAGUAGAACUUUGCACUGAGGAUAAUUGCAUUCCACUAGAAAACGGACGGGAAAAAGGUGCAAAAACAGUCGAUUUUUAUUUGUGUCAAGUUAUUGUUUAGGUUGUGCAUGGUAGGUCUUUCGUAUUGCUUAAUGCAAUUUUCCCUUGAAUGCCUUUUAGUAAUAAGUAUGGUUAUGUGGGUCUCUAUGUGUAAAAUGUAAAUAUAGUAUGACCUUGAUGAGAACACGUCAACAUUACACUUUGUUGAAGGAUUGCUUUUGUAUUCUCUUGAUAUUUAUUUGUCAUACUAUGUAAAAUAUGUUUAAACUCAAAAUCAUAUUUCAUUACAUAUGAUUAUAGUCAUUUUUACACAAUUUAUAUUUCAGGUAAGUUAAUAUUAAAAGGUAUGCAUGAAUUUGUUAUUGUAUAAGGUUUACCAUUGUUUUUUUUAUAUUAUAUAAAACGAUGUAUUUGUUUUACAUUGAAUAUCACGAAUGUGUAAUAAUAAACAAUUUUACAUAAACGUUAA